AUGUACAUGUCCACACCGGUGUUCAAGUUUCUGGACAUUUGUAACUAUGUCAGCCCUGGGACAAGUUACGGAAAAUGGGUGAAAACGUACGGGGCCAAGCUCUCGAAAUCAUGGCUGCCGUAUGAGUGGUUUGACUGUGCUGAUAAGUUGGACUUUGAAGGCUUGCCUCCGUAUCGUUAUUGGUUUCCUAAACAGGAAAAACAAUUUUCCCUUGUCGCUGGAGGAGUAUGAGGACUGCUAGCGAGUGUUCCGGGAACGGGGAAUGAAAACGUUCGCUGAUUGGCUGCAUUUUUACAACAACCUGGACGUUGAGCUCUUUCUAGACGCCCUGGAGUCCAUCCGAGACUUUUACACUGGGUUGGGAAUCCUCCUUUUCAAAGAUGCGUUGUCGUUGCCGGGUGUCUCGAUGAAAUAUCUCCUGCGGGGCACGCUGAACCAAAGAGAGGCCCGUAGUUGUACGCCCUAG